AACUCGAUUAAUAAAGAAGAAGAAGGAGAAGAGGGAUAAAAAAGCAAGGGAUAAAGAUAAAGUAGUCUACCAUUCUACAAUCUACACCAAGGACUAUACUCUACAUAGGUCUACAUAGUACACAGUGACGAUUUCAUUGGAAACUUCAAUAUAUAAUCAUAUUAUAUAAUAUAUGCAAAAAGACAUGAAAUAUAAAGUAAUGGACGGAGAAGGCCCUCCAAAGAAGAAGUUGAAAAUUUUGAAAGAAAAACCAAGUGAGGAGGAUGGAGCCCAGAAAAAUGUCAACAAAAACAUACUGAACAAGGAAGCUAAAUUCAGUAAAGGUAAAAUUGAUGAAGAUAGGCCCCCAAAGAAGAAGUUGAAAAUUCUGAAAGAAAAAUCAAGUGAGGAUAAUCAAUCCCGGAUUACAUUCAACAAAAACAUACCUAACAAGGAACCUAAAUUCAGUAAAGGUGAUAAAAAAGAAGGACCUACCCAUUUGAAGAAGGCAAAGCCAAAAUCCUUCACAUCCAAGGGCAAAAUCAAUUUUGAUAAAAGUAAAAAGCUUCCAGAAAAGCCUGAAGACUGGGCAGAUUUCAAGAAGAAAAAGAAAGAGUUGAAGCAGAAGCGUAAACAAACAAAAGAUGGCUUUGAUACUAUCACAAGGGCAAAAAAGUUGGGUGAGGACUUGAGAAGAAAAACACUUAAGGGUGGUGAACAAAGACGCACCCAGUUAAUGAAUGAAUUACAUACUCUUUUGAAAGGAAAAGGCCAUUAUGCUAAAUUUGUGUUAGCACAUGAUACUGCUAGAUUAGUACAAUGGCUUCUGAAAUAUUCUACAGCUUUAGUCAUUAGUCAAAUAUCAAAGGAGCUGAUUCCAGUGACUGUGGAGAUGCUACAAUCAAAAUAUGGUGUAUAUUGUGUGAAACGUUUAUUAAAAUAUGGCAGUAGUGAAAUAAGAUCUCAAAUAAUUGACAACAUGCUUGGUCAUGCUGUAAAGCUAGCUAGUCAUGCAUUAAGUGCACCUGUAGUAGAAUAUGCCUACUCCACUUGGGCAUCUCAAAUCCAAAAGCAGUACCUUGUCCAAGAAUUCUUUGGAGAUCUAUACAAAAACUCUAAAGAUGCCAAUGUUAAGCAUCUGCGUGAUACAUAUAAGAACAAUGACAGUAUGAAGGCUGCUACUUUAGGUGCAACUAAAUCAAACUUGAUGAGAAUUUUGAAUAAGUCCCUUUUAGACUCUGGUUUGGUGCAGACUGUUUUGUGUCAGUACUUGGCUGAAUGCUCAAAUGAUGAUAGAAGUGAACUAAUUACACAGUUGGCUUCCCAUAUUGUUGUAAUUAGCAAUAGUAAGGAUGGCGCUAGAGCUGCUAUGCAGUGUAUCUGGCAUGGAUCAAAUAAAGAUAAAAAGGUCAUAAUGAAAACACUUAAAGAACAUAUUGUAGAUCUCUCCAAACAUGAGCAUGGCCAUUGCACAGUUAUAACUCUUCUAGAUUGCACUGAUGAUACUGUUUUACUUCAUAAAACCAUUUUGGCUGAUAUAUUGAAGAACGCCAAGGAUUUAGCAGUUAAUGAAUGGGGCAGAAAAGUAUUACUUUGGUUAGUGGCUCCAGGUGAUUCUAAAAUAUUUCAUCCAGUUUUUCUCAAUGAAUUGAAUCAGGGAAGAGAAUCGUCAACAAGCAAGAAAACGUCAGAUAUCAGGAGGAAAGAAAUUUUAGGCUACUCAAUAUCGUGUCUAUUGAAACUGAUUGAAGAUGAUGUUCAGUUUUGGUUGUCCAAUGCAUCUUUAGCUACUGAAAUGACCGCUAUACUACAAGCAGGCAGUGCUAAUGGUAAAGAUAUGAGGAACAUUUAUGACAGCAUAGUUGGUUUCAUUUCAAAUCCAGAUUGGAAAAUUAAAAUGGAUGACGAGGACAUUUUAGGAAUAGAACAUGCUGGCUUACAUAUGCUACUGAAGAAACUUGCUAAACAAGAAAAUAAUAAUUCAGAGAGUGGACAUGCAAGUUUCAAUGCUAGUUUAGCGAGAAAUUUGAAUGAUGAAAUGUUGGAGCUUUGGUUGAAACACAACAGAAGUUGUUUCAUACUAAUAACAGCUUAUGAAAAUUCAUCUGAAGCUACACAAGACAUAUUGAAAAAUAAAUUGAGGAAACAUCAGAAUUUGUUGAAGAAGCAGGAUACUCCUGGCUCUAAAAUCAUAUUGAAGAAAAUUUUAUGAUUGUUUUAAUUAUAUGAUUGAGGUGUAAAAUGAAAUAAAUAUUUUAUACAAUGCGAUGAAA